AUGGAAGUGAAAAAGUUAAGAGUCGCCAAGUGGAAGAAAGAGCGUCUUCGUAGAUCAUUGAUGAAGGCCGAGUCUAAAGCCUCUGAUGUAUUGUCCUUCACGCUAUCAUGGAGAGAUCUAGAAUCUCAUUUUGAUUCAAUUGAAUCAGAUCUUGUGAAGAGGUCACAAGAAAUAGAGUCGAAGGAGAAACAUCUAGAGAAGAGGUCACAUGAGUUAGAGUCAAAAGGAAAAAUUCUGGAGAAAAGGGCUCGAGAGAUUAAUACAGCUGAUGGAUUUAGAAGAGACUUUGAAGAAAAGCAGAGGAAACUAGAUAGGCUAAAGAGAGAGAUCGAAUCUGAGGAAAAGAAACGUUUUCUGGUUCAGAAAUUGAACCGAGAACGUAAGUUUGAGCUAAAGCGGACAAGAGAGCAAGUGGAAGCGUUGCAGAAGAAUGAUAUGAAACUGGAUGUUAAACAUUCCAAGGAGAUGUCGGAGGAGCUACUGGUUCAACAGGAGAAGUACGAAGAGAUCUUGAAGAAGAAGAAGUUGGAGGAGAAGAAACUUAAAGAUUGUACCAGAGAUCUUGCACUGAGAGAAGGAGACCUUCGAUGGGUGAGUAUGCGAAUGACAAAGCGUUGUGAGGAACUGAGGUGGGAAAAGAAAAAGAAUCUUGUGUUAUGUAAACGUAACGAGGAAGCAGAAAGGAAGCUGAAACACUUGAACAGAGCACUAGAGGAGAAACAGAAAGAGGUCGAUUUGAUUGAGAAGAGACUCGGUGAAUGGAGAGACGUGAAGGGAAGAGGAAACGGAGAUACCAGUGGAGAUGAAUGA